AUGCCUAAACUCCUACAAAGCACUGUCACUAUUAUCAAUCUUUUCUACCAAUAUGCCACCCAGGAUGGGGAGUGUGACAUGUUGAACAAGGCAGAACUGAAAGAACUUUUGGAAAAUGAGUUUGAUCAAAUUCUGAAGAAUCCAGAUGACCCAGACACUGUAGAUACCAUCAUGCAAAAUCUGGAUUGAGACCAUAACAAGAAGAUCGAAUUUACUGAGUACCCUCUGAUGAUGUUCAAGCUGGCUCAGGCUUGUAAAAAUCGUCGGCAAAGACUACUGCCAAGCUUCAGGGUCAAAGCAAAAAGAUCACAGUCACCAGCACCAAGAGGAACAGAGUGA